UUCUUCGCAGAUAGAAAGACGGAUGGACCGGGAGGGAUGCUUGCAGCGCGCUUAAGAAAAAGAGAGAGGAGAAGAUGGAGGAAUGGGAGCAAGAGAGAAGCCGAUCUCGCGUGAAAGAGUUUGCGCAGAGUCGACGACGAAACGACAACGUCGAGGACGCGCUGCUGCCGGAGCGAAAAAGGCCGUGUGCGCGAGAGAGGGAGAGAGAGGGAGCGUGAGAGAGGGCGCAGGGCUGACCGUUCACGUCUUUUCGACGUCGACGCAACCCCGUUGGCGCAGAAUAGCUGCUCAGUGCUCGUCGAACGGCGCUGUGCUGCGACGGGACCAUGCCGCCGCGCCCUGCACCACCGAUCAACCGAUCUCAGGAUCGCGAGAUCGUCGGAGACUCGAGGGAAUAAAGAAACUAAAAAGGGGGAGAAGAUGACCGAGACAAUGUCCGAAGAUUACGAGGUAGUCUCGAGCAGCGACGGCUCGUGCGAGGACGCGGAAACGCAAGCGGACUUUGGCAUGCCGGGUUGGGAAGCGGCGGUGGCCUCGCUCACGCUCGGAUUCAUCGUUUUAGCCACGGUUCUGGGCAAUUCCUUGGUAAUCCUGAGCGUCUUCACCUAUAGGCCCCUGAGAAUAGUCCAAAACUUUUUCAUCGUUUCGCUGGCGGUAGCCGAUUUGGCCUUGGCGAUCCUCGUGAUGCCGUUCAAUCUAGCAUACCUCCUUCUCGGUAAAUGGAUCUUCGGUAUACACUUUUGCAAGCUCUGGCUGACAUGCGACGUUCUCUGCUGCACCGCGAGCAUUCUCAAUCUCUGCGCGAUAGCUCUCGACCGCUAUUGGGCCAUUACCGAUCCGAUUAAUUACGCGCAGAAGCGUACGCUCAAGAGAGUCCUUGGAACGAUAGCCGGCGUUUGGCUGCUGUCCGGUGCCAUAAGCUCCCCGCCUCUGGCAGGAUGGAACGAUUGGCCGGAAGAACUCGAGGACGAUACGCCGUGUCAGCUCACCAGGAGGCAGGGCUACGUGAUUUACUCGGCUCUCGGCUCCUUCUUCAUACCCCUCUUUCUGAUGAGUCUCGUCUAUCUCGAGAUAUUUCUCGCGACGAGAAGGAGAUUGCGCGAACGCGCUCGACAGAGCAGACUCGGGGCCGUUCAAUCGACGAGGCACCGGGAGACCGACGACGCCGAGUCCGUAAGUUCCGAGACGAAUCACAACGAGAGAUCGACGCCGCGGACGCACGCGAAGCCCUCGCUGAUCGACGACGAGCCGACCGAGGUGACGAUCGGUGGUGGCGGUGGUGGUGCCACCGGCAGCGUCACCGGCAAUUCUCGACGAGUCGCAUCUGCCAGCGGUGCUGGCCAAACCCCAGCUACCACCGCCACGGUCUACCAAUUCAUCGAGGAACGACAGAGGAUCUCUCUCUCGAAGGAGAGACGCGCCGCGAGAACGCUCGGCGUCAUCAUGGGCGUCUUCGUGGUUUGCUGGCUACCCUUCUUCCUCAUGUACGUCAUUGUCCCAUUCUGCCCGGCUUGCUGUCCCUCCAUCAGGCUCGUUUACAUCAUCACGUGGCUGGGUUAUCUCAACAGCGCUCUCAAUCCUCUCAUCUAUACCAUAUUCAAUCUCGACUACAGGCGAGCUUUUCGAAGGCUAUUGCGCAUUCGCUGAUUGCGAGAUCGAACUUUGAUUCUCCUGUCCUCCCAUUUCUCCUCCCCUCUCCUCCCAUCUCCUCUUUCCAUCGUUGAUUCUUCUUCCCGAACAAUCGCAACCGACCAAACGAGAGAACGCAUCGACGGCGAAUUACCCAAGCGGGAGGAGCGCGCCUAGCGAAAAAAGAAAUUUCCUAUGUACACGCCUUUGAAACAGUUUCUCCUCCCUUGAAAUACACCUAAGUACCACGUACACGGUGGAUUAUUCGGAUACGUUCGAGCUCUCCGGUGCCCGCAGCGAAUAACUAUGCGAUCUCACUACUCGUCCCACCACCGGACGAUGCUUCCAUUGAUGUGCUCCUUUCGUUCGAAAAAAUGACGCGGUAUUAGUCAAAUUCCUGGCGGAGAAAUUUUAGAGGGAAGCGCUUGGGAAUUGGGAAGAUGAAUAGAUGGAUAGGUAGA